CACUGUAGAAAUGAAGUGAACUACACUGAAAGUGAACUGGUAGAGCAGCUCCUGUGAAUGGAGUGAGAGAGACUGACAGACUGAGAGAGUGUGGUAGAGCGAGGUAGACACAGACGGAGAGAGAGAGAGCGAACGCGAGCGCGCGCUGGAGCUCCAGCGAGAGAGAGAGGGGGAGUGCGGUAGAGCGGUGUCUGUCGCGCGGUCUGUCGGUAGAGCAGCUCCGGUGAUCCGGUGAUCCACUGAUCUUUAGGCUCGUCUGUGUGUUUCUGUCGGAGCUGCACCGGUGUGUUUCCACGCAGGUCUCACGCGUGUUGCUCACUGCCGGCGUCCGUGUGCGCGUGAAGAUGCUCUAGACACGUCUGCGUUUGCAUCCGCCCGCGACCUCUGACCCCUGAAGCCGAACGCUGACCCGUGCCUGGCUGGCGCCCACCGCGCUCCAGAACCAUGUGAGGGCUUUUCAGUGCGUCGUUGAGUGGACUGGAGCACUGCCUGUAACCCCGCCCCAGUUUAUACAAGCCCCGCCCUCCCUUUAGCCCCACCCCUGACUCUGAAGAAACUCGCCAUGAUGUUCCGGGACCAAGUGGGGAUUUUGACGGACUGGUUUAAGGGCUGGAACGAGUGCGAGCAGACGGUGGCGCUGCUGUCGCUGCUGAAGCGCGUCUCUCGGACGCAGGCCCGCUUCCUGCACAUCUGUCUGGACCACUGGCUGGCCGACUGUACCGAGAUACACAUACUGGAGGCGGAAGCAAACAAUGCAGCGAUCGUCAGUCAGUGGCAGCAGGAGCCGAAGGAGAAAGCCGUGUCGCUGCUGCUCUCCCAUCUCCCCCUGCUGCAGCCGCGCAACAGCGAAGCCAAGUGUGAAUACAUGAACCUGCUGCAGAAGGUCUUGAGCCACACCAUCGAGAGCAGCCUGUUCGUGGAGGAGAGUCGACAGCUGCUGUCCUACGCCCUCAUCCAUCCCGCCACCACCCUCGACGACCGCAACUCUCUGGCCAUGUGGCUCAAUCACCUGGAGGAGCACCUGUCCUCGCGGCCGCCUCCGCCCGGCCCCUACCAUCACGCCCGGCAGGGGUCCGACGAGUGGCCGUGUUCGGCCGAGUCUCUGGAGCCGUCGUACGGCUGGCAGGAGAAGCUGCCGUCCACCUGCAGUUCGCCGGCCGGACAGAACGGACACAUGGCUUUCCCCGGAACGGGCGGAGUGACCUCACCUGUCAACAGCAGCACAGCAGGACUGGCUGGUCAGGUGCAGCCGAGCCCACUGAAGCCCUCCAUGUCACUCACCCCCGCCAAUCAACCGGCCUGUAGCUCUGAUUGGCUGAGCCAGGAGGAGGGAGGCGGGUGUCAGGGCGUGUCCGGAGCGGAACACGCCCCUCUGUCGCCGCAGAGCAGCGUCGCGUCGUCAGGCAGCGAACAGACGGAGGAGCAGAGCAACACACGCAACACUUUCCAGGAGGACGGCAGCGGGAUGAAAGAUGUGCCGGCCUGGCUCAAGAGUCUCCGUCUGCAUAAAUACGCGUCACUUUUUUCUCAGAUGACGUAUGAAGAAAUGAUGAUUCUCACAGAACAGCACCUGGAGUCACAGAACGUGACGAAAGGAGCUCGACAUAAGAUCGCUCUGAGCAUACAGAAACUCAGAGAACGACAGAGCGUCCUCAAAUCUCUUGAAAAGGUGAUGAAUGAAUCUGAAGGAUCUGCGUUUGUUUUCAUCCGUCUUGAAUGGUCUGCUGAUCAUAGAUUGUGUUGUCGGUUUCAGGAUAUUCUGGAAGGCGGGAACGUUCGGAAUGCUUUACAAGAGCUUCAGCAGAUCAUCAUCACGCCAAUCAAAGUUUAUACCCCGCCCGCUGUUGCCCAGAAGGAGGUGGAGCCUGGAGUUACACCUGCCGAUAAAGCAGCCAAUCCCGGUGAAGAGAAGGAAAGCGAGGCCUUCCAGACCCACAAUCCUCCAGCGUGUGACGGAGAAUCGCCGUCCGCACCCAUCGGUGACGGAGACAUCGCGGGACAGUUCACGCGUGUGAUGGGGAAAGUCUGUACGCAGCUGUUGGUGUCCAGACCGGAUGAGGAGAACAUCAGCUGUUACCUGCAGCUCAUUGAAAAAUGUCUGACACACGAGGCGUUUACAGAGACGCAGAAGAAGCGGCUGUUGUCGUGGAAACAGCAGGUGCUGAAGCUGCUCCGCCUCUUCCCACGGAAGACCAUGAUGGACAGCAGCGUGUACCGGAGAGGGUGGCAGCAGUACGGAUCCAACUCUCUGCCCACAGCUGGAUCUGUGAGCGCAGGUUUGGGCAGACGGGGCCAGAGGCCCUUCCAGAUGCCCCCGCGAGGAGCUCCUCCGCCCGGCCGCAUGGGGCUGAUGAGUGCCGGCGGUCUGACCGGAGCGUCGCCGCGACACACGCUCGCUAACCCCGCCGCCGUCAGCGCGCAGGGCCGACAGAACCUGUGGUUUGGGAAUCCUGGAGGCAGUAACAGCAUGCCGAGCCAGAGCAGAAGUUCGGUGCAGAGAACUCAUUCCCUUCCUGUUCACACGUCUCCUCAGACCAUGCUCCUGUUCCAGCAACAAGAAUGCCAAGUUCCGGGGACGGAUCUGGAGAUCAACCCCACGCUGGAGUCUCUAUGCCUCAGCAUGACAGAGCACGCCUUAGGAGACGGAAUGGACAGAACGUCGACGAUAUGAGACUGCAUCCGGGGGAGGAAGUGAAAGAACUCUGCGCUUCUCCGUCAGCGGGCGGUCGGGCCGGCGCUCCAGUAGCCCAGCACACACACGCAAACAACACGAGUCACUACAGACCACACACAACUAACUGUGUAUACGUUCUCUAAUAUUUUUCUACUUUAUUGUACUUAACUAAGUUUAUUAUAAAGGAAAUACAGAAACUAUUGUAUCGCGGAAGGGAGAGCAGGACGGAGGAACGACGUGGUGCUUACGGUCCGAGCGAGACCUCCUGCCGAGCCGCGGUCAGUAGCCGUUCGUUAGCCGAUGGCCGUUUACAUCCGCUUCCCGCGUCCAUCCGCCCGCAUGAACUCUCGCCCCCCCGCGACGGACUUCCUCCCGCGCUUUUCUGCGUUUGGACGGCGGAGAGUUUACGCGCCGUCGACUCCACGCGUCCCCGUGUUUCUCUGUUAUGAUGCGUUCUUAUUUCUGUCCAGGUACAAGAGGUUUCUUAGCACUUAUACGUAAGAUGUUUACCAGGGCGUCACUACAGCCGUGAGCGUUUCCUGUCGCACGCAGAUUUUGUAAAUACGCAGGUAUAGGAAAAUCAGAAUAUGACCCGAGAGACUUUAUCCAAAUGAUUUUUAUACGCAGAUCUAUGAAGUAAAGGCGCGAGGCGCGGCCGUCGAGAGAUCGAGCUGUGCUCGUCUGUUGCUCCGCCCCUCCGUGACCGACAGGGACGUCCGCCGACGACAGACUCCGCCUCGUACCGACUGAUGCAAAAACCCACCCUUCAGAUUCCAUUUCCUCAUCAUCAUCAUCAUCAUCACCUUUGAUUUCCUCCCGGCUUCACAGAUUCGACCGAUCGCACCGGUGCUUCUAAACGGCAGAUUUCUGUUGAUUGUUUGUGGUGUGUUUUCUGUUCGAAUGGUACAGUCUGUGAAAAUCCCAUUCGGCCUUACGGAGCAUCAGAGCGCUGUGUGUGUGUGUGUGUGUGUGUGUGUUUUUUACGUCUCUCAGACGCUGCUCUAUAUCUAGUAAAACUUUACUGACUGAAAAACAGGCUUGUUUGCAUUAUUUGUGUAAUGAUUCGGUCUGUCGCGUCACUGCCGUGUGUUUGUAGAGCUCAAUCGCAUGAAACCGCUCAAGAACACGUCCUGCUCACAUCAGUCUAAAAUCACGAAGAUAAAUGUUUUUCAUAAAGAAAAAGAAGCCUGUUUUAUAUGGAAUCUUGUUUCCGCCGUGGCAUUAUCUUGCAAUUCUGACUACUUUUUUCAGAAUUGUGAUAUAUAAACUCAUAAUUCUUUUUUUUUUUUUUAAUCUGUGGUAAAAAAAAAAAAACAAUAACAA